AGCAGAUCCGCGAUCCUCUUGAUUACCUAGGUAGCCACGUUUAAGUUGCAUGUGCCCUGAUAGUUUCACUCCAUAUCCUGUUCCGGGUAGCUAGAAAGAACUUCAUACAUUCAUUGCACCCUUGAUUCUUUACAUCCUUAUCAAUUUCACCACCAGAUAUCGUUCACAACGCCCAACAUGGCCGACGACGCUCAGCACGAAGCCAACAUCAAUGCCUCAGCCACCGCCCUCGACUCUCUUACUACUGCGGCAGCAGAUCACCCCAUCCCACCUCUAGAACACAUCCAUGCAGGUGCAGCUGACAACAAAUCUCACGCAUGGCUCAAAAAAGUCCUCCCAGAUUCAGUGCUCGACAACUAUGAGAAUCGUUUCCACUUGGGCAAUUACGUCAUCGACCGCAAGACCGGCGAGAAGUCAUUCGAACAGAUGAGUGUAUAUGUCCGGCUAGGCAUGCACUUCUUGUACUAUGGAUCCAACCAAGAGAAACUCCUCCACGCCAAAAAGGUCGAGGGCCUUCUCGAACAACAAAGUGUCAAAAUGGGCAAGCAAUACGACUCCCCCGAGUCCCGAGCUCACAUCAAGCCAUUCCUCGACAGCUUCCAACUUUGGGACAGCAUGAAAGAAAUGGUCAAGCCCAAUCCCGAAGACUACGCCAAUUUCAACGAAUUCUUCUCCCGAGAGAUCAGACCGGAAGCACGACCCCCUGCUGAACCAAACAAUGACCUCGUCACCUCAUCCCCCGCAGACUGUCGCAUCACCGCAUUCCCGACCAUCGACCUUGCCACCAAAUACUGGAUCAAAGGAUUUGGCUUCACCCUUGAGAGGCUUUUCAACGACGCCAAAGUGGCACAAUACUUUGACGGCGGCAGCCUCGUCAUCGCACGACUUGCACCUCAAGACUAUCAUCGUUGGCAUUCGCCCAUCACAGGAACAGUCAUUGGUGUCAAGAAGAUCCCCGGUGCAUAUUACACCGUCAAUCCGCAGGCCAUCAAUGAGCCCGGAGCUCUGACUGUCUUUUGCGAGAACAGAAGAGACGUCAUGCUCAUGCGCAGCGCGGCGACCGGUAAUCAGGUUGCUGUGAUUGCGGUCGGUGCCAUGCUCGUGGGCAGUAUCAAAUGGAACCCAGGCAUGGAGGAGCCCGGCAAGGAGAUCAGGAGAGGUGAAUGUCAAGGAGCGUUCCAAUACGGUGGUAGCACUGUCAUCGUGGUGUACCCGAAAGGCGAAGUUGUGCUUGAUGAGGAUUUGGUUCGCAAUAGCUGCGAGCAGAAUUGUGAGACAUUGGUGCAAGUUGGCUGGAGAGUUGGUGCCAAGCAGUGAGUGAGGUGCCAGCAAGUAACACUCCCAUGGCACGUACCGUCACCGAAGUCUUGACUGGCCGGUAGGAUCAUAGGGGCUAUCAACGGGAACAGCAUCUCAUUUUAUAUUGACUGC